AUGAUGCCCACAAUGCCUCCUGAUGCCCAUAAAAUUUCAUUAAAAAUUAUUGAAGCUAUUAGACAGCACCCGGUACUUUAUAUAUCAGAUGUUAAAGGUACUGCUAUAAAGUUGCAGGAAUUCCGUCAAAAAGUUUGGAAGAGAAUUUCUGAUGAAUUAGGGUUAGAUGGUAGGUAUGAACCAGAUUAUGUACCACAGUGCGUAGAAUUAAGUGAUGAAUAUAUUGAAGAAAUAAAUCGCGGAGGAGUUGGUACAGAAAGUCUUUUAGAACAAUUAGAAGAUCGUAACGAUGAAGACUACAGUGAAUACUUAGAAGUACUGGAAGAAACAAACGCUGACCCAAUCGCUAUUCUGCCUCAUAGCAUUGAAAUAAUAGAUAACAGUCAACAGCAUUUAACUACAGAUAUGAUGAAUAGUUACGACAGCCAGAAUGUUUCUGACGGAGUUAACAUUUACACACAGAUUCAAUCUAAAUAUCGUAAAAUACGCCCUAAAAGAAUGAAGCUAAAUGAUUAUGAAGAAACCAGAGAAUCUAUUGAACUUAAUGAUAAUAACUAUGGUAUACUCAGUCCUAAUUUUAAAAUUGAACAGUUAAAAUUACCUAAAGUUCACAACAAUAACAACAACAAUAAUAAUAGUAAUAGUAAUAGUAAUGAUAAUCACAAUGUUAAUGUAAAUCCUAUUAUAAUAACAAAUCCAACACCCCAUACUACAAAAGUUCAGGAAAAAAAAGAAGAAUAUGUUGCAGAGGCUAAAAGCGAGCCAGUACAGGCACAACCUGUAGAAACAACGAGCACUGAAUUAUUUUUUAACAGUAUGGCGCAAACUGUGAAAUUAUUACCACCCAAAGCACAAGCUGAAGUAAAAAUGGCUGUUUGUAAAAUAGUUACUGAAGCUGAGUUACGGUGUUCAAAAAAAAAAUUAUCUGCCAAUACCCAACAAUUUAUUACGCCUCCGGGUAUGAUUCCAAAAUUAGUAUUAAUUCCUUGCAGUAUGAUUGAUAAUCAAGAAAAUAAAUGA